GUCAUAAAACGUCUACGAGCCUGUAUACGCGUAUGUUUAAAAUUAAUAUUAUGUAAAUAGACAGCCCAGGCGUGUUUUGGGCCUUUGGUACUGGGGUCUUUAUUACAGCAAUGGCAAAAUAAAAUUAAUGAAUUUACGAGUAUGCAAUGUUUCCUGCUUUUAUCUGACUACACCGCCUACACGUUUAACUGACAUCAGCUUUUUUCUGCCUAUACGUGUCUAUGACAUCUUAGUACAUCCCAGUUUCCCGGGAUUAAUUGCAGUACCUACACUAUCAGCAUGGAAGGUGCGCCUUUGGUAAUGCCACAGUUUCAGCGGCUUUUGGCGACAGCCAACCAGAUAAAUUACCAGAACACAGUGGUGGUCCACAACGACGACGACAGUUGGUGGCUGGGCUACAUACAAAAUAUCCAAGGGGACCACGCCUUCAUCCACUUUGACGCCAAAAAGGCCGCUCCCCGUUGGUUGCACAUGGGACGCGUCUGGGCGUUGCCUUUCUACUGGAACAUCCACCUAAUUGCACCGAAUCCGCCCGAAAUGCCUGUCUACGCGGCACUGCGAGACGAAAACGACGGGCCGUUCCGCUUCCGACCGGUAACAAGACUGGGCAUACUGUAUGGAUGUGAUAAGUGUCAAAUGUUCUACGUCAAAACCGAUACUGCCGGCACGAACGACCAACAAAACAGAGCUCUUUGGCAACUUGUGCAGAACUGCCAGAUUACCGAACAACUGCCGCCCGCUGAUUCCCCGCUACUUCAUCAAUCCGGUGGCAGUCUGCGGUGCAGCAGGUACAUGGUGCCGUUUCCCGCGACCCAGACGCUUUUUCGUGACGCCUCCGACAAAGUUCGAAUCGUCAAGCAUUUCGUGGAUACAUGUAAAGGGAACAAGGACUACGUGUGGAACGGCGGUCGCUUUUGUCUGCGAACUGAACGGGAUGGAUGCACGUUUGUUGUCCUCAGUCGUGAAAUGGACGCCGAGAUGUCACAGAACAUGGUGGCGACGUUAACACAAGUGCUGGAGACACAUUUAGCCAACCGGGCUCUUCUGCCAGCGAUUAGUAUGCGAAAUCAAUGCAUGUUUGAACGUUGUCUGGAAGAAACAGCUACCCGUGGCCCGUCCAGCACAUUUAUGCCACCCCAAGAGCAGGCAUUUAUACGCAAGAUCACGGCGGAAUCGCAUGAGCUGCCCAUCGACAAAAUACACAUCACCGUUCCGCGGAUGCUACUGCGCUGCGACGAAAGCGAAAUGCACAUGGCCAGCCGCGUCAUGUACGGCUUAAACAAGAACUUCCCGUCGGUCCCUGCGGACAUGCUAGCAAAGGUCACGGUGGUGUAUGCUCGCUGGAUGCGCACGUUAAGCUAUCCAGAGGAUUGGCAGCCCAUUCGCAACUUCCUCUUGGUGCGCUAGGGAUAUGUUCCCUGUCGUUAGCAGUCCCGACACUUAUUUCCGUACAUACAGAGCAGUGUCUGUACCGGCUCAAUGUCAGUUAAUAGGUGCGUUGGAAUCCAGUUACUGAAAGUACGUAUUCGGCAUACUUCGCUUUUCUCAUAUUCCGGUCACUUUGAUUGUAUAGUUUCAUAUUUCGGUCACCGGUCACUGGUGCGAUCGCACAUGCGACGCACUACAUAAACAGCUGCUGCUCGCACUGCCACCCGCCAAAUGUGCAGUUCGCUAAGCAAGCCCACCCAACCCUCACACGUUUCAAGGGUCCAUUAAAUUUCUUUUGUAGAAGGUUAUAGACUUAAAAGAGCGGUGUUUUGCAUCUCACCCGGUUUAGAGUUUCUGUUGUUUGUUUUGUUUUUCACAAAAAUUUAUUGAUGUUUACGUUCAAAUUUAAUAAGAGGCGUUUUUAUAAAAACUGAUGAUCUCUGUGAAUUUCGUUUUGUCAGGAAAUUUAACUACCUGGUGACCGAAAUAUAGAACCAUACACUCAAAGUGACCGGAACACGAGAAAAAGCAAGCAAAAUACGCUACGUACGGGCAGGGCAGUAUCAGAAUUAGCGAAGAAACAAGACGAUCGACAGAACUCGGGUUGAAGGCGUAGGCGCUGUUGCACUGUAUGCCGCCGAUACAAAAAUCAAUGCAUUACCUACCAGUCAAUCUCUAGCAGGUGAUCACAAUCUCUCAUAGUAUUUCUAGGGCAUAAUUCAUAAUUUCAGGAUGGCUUUACCGGCGUGUCCGCUGCGUUUAUGAACUUAUGUGUAGGUCCCGAUGAACAAAAGGACACUUUUCUAGUAUUACUUCAUGCAUGCAAUCGAAACCGUUUGCGCUACUGUGGGAUACAUGUGCUGUGAUUUUUGGUUGGUUUAUAUAACUGAACGGUAACUGGAUUUCGCGUGUCUCCGGUUGUGACGGCUUUAUCAUCCGCAGGUUCAGCCCGUUCGAGCCCGACGGCCAGCCAAAAUUGUGGGCUGAUGUCGAUCUGCGUCUGGUGGAUGUCCGCACAUUAAGCCGCUUGGCCAUCUACGGGAUCGACGCGGUCUUUGAAGUAGGAUAACUGCAGU